CACGAAGCGCGUCUCAAAGCUUAUACGUCGUGAGUUAUCCGACGUUGCAAUGAUCGCGACAUAAUUUUGGAUACGGUUUCAUUUACGACGAUAAAUGUGAAAAUUGCUAACGAAAAAAAUGUUCGCAAAAUUAAACGAAAUGUGAAAUAAUUCUUCUGACGAAUUUAAAACGCUGAGGUGCAAUCGAUUUUACUGGUUAUUUAAAGUUGUUUUUGUAAAAAGAUUGUCAAAGUUUUGUGUGUAAUAAAAAAUUAUGUGUAAAUUACUCGAAAUGAAUUCCUUAAUUAAUAAUCGCUAUUUAAGUUCUUCUCAAUUAAAUUGUGUGUAUGCCAAUUAAUAAAUAUUAAAAACGCAUAAUAUUUAAACGAAAAUUGCAAGUCAUAAGAAGAAUUCUUUCCUUAUGCCAAAAACGAAAGACAAUCGAAGAAAAAAUUAAAUAGAGAUCGGGGCUGCAAAAAAAAAGUAAAUCAAAAAACCUGGCCAUAAUCGAUUGGCAACAACUGGAAAGGAUACGCCAAGUUGCGCAGCUGCAACUGGAAGAAGAUAGACAUUGCAGACAGCACACAGAAUACGGAAUAAAGAUACAUGAGGCAAGCGAGAAAAGAUACAUGCCAUGUUCCCACUAAACAACCGCUCCUCGAGUGGCAAAAGCACCAACAACAACAGCAACAACAACAACAGCAACAGCAGCAGCAUCACUGGAAUUGGAAUCGACAACAACAACGUCCACGGGAAGGAUAAAAUAAAUUUCCAAAAUAAUUGGAGCUGCAAUAAAACAACCGGUCGACGCGCUGGAAGCGGUUAUAGCUGCAGUUUCUUAGAUCUGCAAUCGAUCCGACGACUGUUGGAACACGAUGCCAGCGGCUCCGUUUGCCCCUCGUGCCGCAUCUCCUUCGAUAAGGGCAAGCGACGGAAACUGAUCGACACCUGCGGACACGAACGCUGCUAUUCCUGCAUGUUCCGCAACGAUCAGUGCCCCAUGUGCAUGAACAGCUCCCUCAAAGAUGUUGAUGGUGCCAAUGCUCAGGGCUAUGACACCGGCAUCGGUGGCUCCACCUCGACGAUUGUCAGUCCACUGGGCUCACCACAGCCCCAGUUGAGAUCCCAUGCCCAGCGGAACGCGGCUCUGUCGCGUUAUAUGCAGCAGCAUCGGCAGGAGUCGCAGUCACCGGAUUAUCACCGUUAUGCGAGCAUUGGCAAAUUGCCUCGUGUGGCAAGCAACGGCAAUGGCAACGGCAACGGCAAUGGCAGCGGUAUUGGCAAUGGCAAUGGGCUUGUUGGCGGCAACACACACACCAUCACCGUCGACAUACAUCAACACAAUGGGCCUGCCAAGCUGCUCAACAACAACAGCAACAGCAACAAUAACAACAACGGCAACAACAACAAUCUGCAUUUGCCAUAUGGCGAUCUGAAUGCAGCUCCGGCAUUUGCCACGCCGCCCACGCGUCGGCGUUUCUUCAAUCACAAGAAUCUGCGGAGCGCCCUCGCCGGACACAGACGCACUGCCUCCAAUGGAGGUUGUCCCCUUGACACAGCAUCGACAUUAUCGGGCGAUCAUCAUCAUCAUCAUCAUCAUCAUCAUCAUCAAGGCAAGGAGUCGAAUGCCUUGAAUACCUCAACCUGCUCGGAUUCGGCGGUAACUCGACGCCGACGCAAGAAUGUCAGCAAUCAUAAUUUAAAGACAUCCACGGAACACGGGGCAAGCAGCGAGAAUCGUUUGAAUCGCCUCAGUUUGGCCGGCACCUCGAUCAAAUCUCUGAUUAAAUCUCUGUGGAGCGUAAAUUCAUCAAUCUCGAGCGAAGCGGGACUUAAUCAACUAGCAGGCAGCGACACUUUGGGCAUCGUUCGUCAUGCUCACUCGCUCGCAGUCAGUGAGAAGCAGCAAAAGGAUCAGCUGCGCGCUCGCCUCGGCCUGCUGCUGAAUGACAACAGCAACAACAAUAAUAAUAACAGUAAUAGCAGCAGCAGCAGCAGCGAUCACAAUGGCAACUCCACGAUGCACUCGACCACGAGUGCGACGACAUCGUCGAGUGGUGGCAACAACAGCACCAGCAUCGGCACCACAACAGCCAACAGCAGCAGCAGCAGCAACUCCUCGCAGAAUAUCAGUCCGGAGCAGACGUUGGCCUUGGCCACUGCCGGGCUGAGUGGAAGUCAGCUGUCGGUGGCCACCUCCAACAAGGAUGACACGCUCAGCUUGUGCAGCAAGUUCAAAAUGGGCUGCAUCAUUCAGCAGCAGGAUCAGCAUGCCUAUGAGGCAUUGCCGGGGAAAUCCCGCAAGGGCGCCGCCCGACGCUCGACACGUUCAGCAGCUCAGCAGUUGCUUCCGGGAGUGGGAGGAUUGGCUGUGGCCAGUGGAGCAUCUGCAACGGGUGCGGUUAAUAAGCGUGCAGCAGCAGCAGCUGCCUUGGCAGCUGUCCAGUUGGCACUGAAGCCGCUGUUCUUUGAGGUGCCGCUUCAAGAGCCAGAUCCACCCUAUGUUGGUCGCCAGUGGUUGGUGCAGCAGCUCUCGAAUAUCCUGCUGGGCACGGAUACGCGCGUGGUUCUCAUCAAUGGCCAGCCGGGCACCGGCAAGACCGCCUUCUGUCUGCAACUGGUGGAGUACUCGUGCUUUGGGCGGCGCCAGAUGCAGGCCCAGCAGCAGCAGCAGCAGGAGGAUGCGGAUGCCAUCUAUAGCCAGCUGGGUGCACAGAAUGAACGCAUGCGCGGAUUGGCCUCCCACAUGGUGGGCUAUCACUUCUGUCAAGCGGAUGCGAAUCUCACCUGCCAGGUGCCCGAUUUUGUGCACUCGCUGGCCGCCCAAUUGUGUCAGGCACCCCAGUUGACAUCGUACCGGGACUAUCUGUUGUCUGAACCCCAUCUCCAGGAUAUACUCAGUGUGCGCGAGUGCAUUGCGGAUGCGGAGCGUGUGAUGCGUCUGGCCAUCUUGGAGCCACUUGUCCAGCUGCAUCGUGCUGGCAAAAUUCCGGCCAAGGUCGCUGUCAUCCUAGUGGAUGCACUGUGCGAGGCAGAGUAUCAUCGUCCCGAUCACGGCCAUACAAUUGCCAGUUUUCUUGCACAACUCUCGCCACAUUUUCCCGCCUGGCUCAAGCUGGUGGCCACGGUGCGCACCCAAAUGCUGGAGCUGGUCAAGGCGCCCAGUUACACACAGCUCACUCUGGACAGUUGGGCCAGCAGUCAGUCGCUGCAGCAGGAUAUGUUGGACUACAUCAAUACACGCAUCGCCCACUGUCCCGAGAUACAGCAUAAUAUUGGUGGACAGCUGGCACAGACGCAAUCGGGACAGUCACUGACGAAGUUUGUGACGCAUCUGCAAUGCCUAAGUCGCGGCUCGAUGCUGUAUGCCAAGCUCAUUCUCGAUCUGAUCUCGCGUGGCCAACUGGUGGUCAAAUCGUCAAGCUACAAAGUGCUGCCCGUCUCCCUCGCCCAGAUCUUUCUGCUCCAUUUCAAUCUGCGGUUUCCCACGGCGCGCAGUUUUGAGCAGACGGCUCCCAUACUCAAUGUCUGCCUGGCUGCACUUUAUCCACUGACGCUGGACGAGAUCUACUACAGCAUGGAGGCACUGCAGCAUGGCGAGGAGCCACUCAGCUGGCCGCACUUUAUGCAGCGCUUCAAGCUGCUCGAUGGAUUCCUGAUCAAGCGACUGGACAACACGUACAUGUUCUUUCACAGCUCGCUGCGGGAGUGGCUGAUGCGUCGCGAUGAGGGCGAGUCCAGCAAGUUCCUCUGCGAUGCCCGUUUGGGCCAUGCAGGGAUUGCCUUUAGACUGUCCCGUCUACAGGCGCCGCUGCAGCCACAGCUCACGUUGGAGCUGGGUCAUCACAUGCUCAAGGCGCAUCUCUAUAGCAGCGGCAAUCAGGCGACGCUCUCGCCACGCGACCUUCAGUCGUAUUGGUUGGCCGGAGCAGCGGAUAACAUCUCGGCUGCCUUGGGUGCAUUGCGCAACGUCUACAGUCCCAAUGUGAAGGUGUCGCGAUUGGUGCUCCUCGCUGGCGCUUCGCCCGAUCAUCGUACCGAUUAUAUGGGCGAUGCUCCGAUUCUCUGCAUUGCCGCCCAUGAGGGCAUACUGCCCAUGGUGAGCCUGCUACUCGAAUUCGGCGCCGAUGUGGGUCUGACCAAUAGCCAGGGCUGUACGCCGCUGAUCCUCGCCGCCAUGCGUGGCCAUUGUGAUGUGGUGCGUCGUCUUGUUGCCGCCGGCAGCAGCCUCGGCCAGCUGGACACCACGCAGCGCUGUGCUCUGGUGCAUGCCGCACGCAUGGGCCAUCUCAGUGUGGUGCAAUAUCUGCUGGCCUGUGAUUGGUCACCACGUGCUCGGUCCCAGGACGUUGGACGUGCGCUGGCUCUGCAGCAGGCACUGAUUGGAGCAGCGGCACAGGCACACGUCAAAAUACUGGAGGAUCUGCUGGAUCUCAAUGAGCACGAGCUCGACGAUGAGCUUGGCGUCAAUGUGAAUGUUAAUGCCCUGGAGCCGAGCAGCGGCGAGUUGGCCCUAACCGCAGCCGCUCGUCAUGGCUGUUUGGAUGCCGUCAGCAUUCUGAUGUCGCGUGGCGCCCAGAUCGAUGCGCGAAAUCGUCAGGGAUACACAGCCCUGUGGCUGGCCGUCAAGGAGGGUCACCGCAGUGUGGUGGAGCAGCUGCUGCAGCGUGGCGCCCUGCUCGACGAGCCGUUGGGGCAGGCACGCAAGACGCCGCUCAUGAUUGCCGCGGAGGAGGGGCAUCUGGAGUUGUUGGAGCUGCUGCUGGGACGUGGUGCUGCACUGGAGGCGGAGGAUCAUGAGGGUUUCACGGCGUUGAGUUGGGCCUGUCUGCGUGGACAUUUGACGGCUGCCAGAUACCUCAUCGAACAUGGCUGCAACCGUCAGCAUGAGGAUCAAAAGCGGCGCACUGCGUUGGAUCUGGCGGCGUAUCAGGGUGCCGCCAGUUUGGUACUCUAUUUGCUGGAGCAGGGUGCCAAUCUGGAGCAUAUCGAUAUGCAUGGCAUGCGGCCGCUGGAUCGUUCGAUUGCCUGCCGCAACAUCCAGGCGGUGCAGGUGUUUCUGCGCAAAGGCGCCAAACUGGGGCCCACCACUUGGAGCAUGGCCAUGGGCAAGCCGGAGAUAUUGGUGGUGCUGCUCAACAAACUGCUCGAGGAUGGCAAUGUGCUGUAUCGCAAGAAUCGUUUCCAGGACGCCGCACAUCGCUAUCAGUAUGCAUUGCGCAAGAUUUCCGGGCUGGAGCAGCUGCUCGAACGGAAUGCGGUCUUUGCCCAGCUGCGCACCAAUCUGUUGCUAAAUCUGUCGCGUUGCAAGCGAAAACUGAAUGAACUUGACGCCUCCAUAGAUUUGGCCACGCAAGCCAUACUGCAGAAACCGCACAGCUACGAGGGCUAUUAUGCACGGGCCAAAGCGCGCAUGGAGCUGGGUGCUCUGAAUGAGGCGCUUGUUGAUGCCAACGAGGCGAUGCAACAGGCGGCACAAAGCGGCGUCCUCUGCGAGGUCGUAGAAGUCCUCAAGCGUAUUCAGGCCGAGCUCCUGACCCGUAUCACCAGUGAGGAUCAGUCCGGCGGCAAGUUUUCCGGAGCGGGUGCUUGCGCCGUCUACGAAUCUCAGCAGGAGAUGACCGAUUUGUAAUUGUCCUUUGUUGAUGUUGUAAACUCGUCGCAUAUCGUAUCGAAUUCAAAUCACAAUCUUAACUUUAUAAUUGUCUAAGUUUAGCUCUUAGCUCUGUUUUUUAUUUAUUGCCUUUGGAAGUUUUAUUAAUUUAAAAAAUUAAUUUUUACUAUUCUUUUUCUUUACGCAUGUAAAAAAUAGUUGUAAUACACAUAUUAUACUUAAGU